GCCGGGAACAGGAAGGUCCAGAUGUCGCUGUCCCCAUCCUGAUGUCCCAAUCCUGGUUUCCCAGUCCCCAUCCAGGCUCUCAGGUGUGGAGGCCUCAGAGGCGGCUCCUCACCCCGGCCCCGCCAUGGACUGGUUCCACUGCAGCCGCUGCUUCCGCCAGGAUGGCACCCAGUUCGCCAUCACCAACUGCAGCCACAUCCUGUGCGAGGGCUGUGGGAGCACAGGUCCCUGCCCAGUCUGUGGCACUGCCUGCCGCUACCUGCCCGUGUCCGAACAGAUGCGCCCACAGGACAAGGUUUUCUUCAAGAACCCGGUGGCCACCGCCCUCAAGCACCUUGCCCACAUCACGCAGGUGUGGCGGUUCCAGACAGCACAGGCACAGAUUCUGCUGGACUUGCACCAGGACAAAGCUCGGCGGGCGCAGGCAGAGAUGGAGAAGGCCAGAGAGGAGCUGAGGGAGAGGACGAGGGAGCUGGAGUCACUUCGCCGGGAGAAUGAGGAGCUGCGCCGCAUGCAGCUCUCCCCAGCCUGGCUCUGGAGCAGCCGCAGCAGCACCCCCCGUCCCUCCCCCACACAGUCAGUGACCCCCCAGCCCCGCCGGCAGCUCAGCAGUCAAGUGGUCAGCCGCUUGGCCCCACUGGAGCCCCCUCAGUCCCGCAGCACCCUAGGAUGGCAGGUUGGCAUAGCCUACAGAAAUUCAGGGACCCCUCUAGCCUCGGGCAUGGUAACCCCCCUGGCUGGGACAAGCGAGGGACAGGGCUCUGCUCUGCGGCUGGCGAGGGGCGGGCGCUCCCAGUGGGAUCUCAACCCACGGCCAUAAAGGACAAACAAGGACCUCUGACGGGAUCCGAGGCUCCUGGACAGGAGUUCCGGACCUUCCUUGGAGUUGGCUGGAGGCAGAAGAAGCUAAAAAGGAAUUAAAAGAAUGCCAAUUUUGGGGCCA